AAAGUUAUUAAAUUAAACUAGAGUCCAAUACUCAUCAUAUAACCUAGGAAGAAUGUGACGCAAACUUCCCAACAUCUGCUGAAUGGUUGGCUUUAUGUGGACAGCAGUCUUGGUUUGGUUUGUUUGAGUUGAGCUGCAGCAGUCGGGUGUGUUUGCGUUGGCAUUAGCUUAUCUCCAUGUGUGUUUAAGUUCUGUCAUAGAGCUGCUGUCUGGAGAAAGUUCUGCUGUAACUUUCCAUUUCUGAGCUCGGACAGAUGUGACCUGGAAAUACCAACACGGUGAGUUUAACCCUCCUGUCGUCCUGCGGGUCAAAUCGAGCCGUUUUAAAGUUUGAAAAUGUAGAAAAAAAUAUAUUUUCACAGUGAAACUUCUGAUGUCCACAUUUUCAACAUUUUUGGGAAAUUUUUGAACAUUUUUUGGUGGCAAAAAAUGUAAACAAAAAUGUUUCUAUAAGAACAUUCACCAUAAAAAUCAACCAAAAUCCAGCAAAAUUUGCUGGAUUUUGGUUGAUUUUUUUUGUGAAUGUUCUUAAAGAAAAUAGAAGUUUUACUGAUAUAUAUAUAAUCACUUUAGAUAUUUUAGGAUGCUUUUGGAAGAUUUUUCUAAUUUUUGAAAAUAUUUACAAGAAUUUUCUUGCCAAAUUUGGGGGAUUUUUUUUUAAAAAUAAAACUUUUAAGGAAUUAUUGGAAUUUCCUGAAGGUUUUGCAAAUUUUCAGAAAUUUGGGGAAUUUUUUUGCAGAAUUUUUGUAUUUUUUCAGACAAGGAAACAAUAUUUUGUGGUGCCCGUAAAUGAAGACAACAGGAGGGUUAAACACUCGGCUAAUGAACCAGAGGACGACUGGACGGAUGUGCUAAUUAAGUUGACCUUAAACGACCCUGCUGAUGAGCCAGUCGGGUUUUAGCUGCAUAGAUGUGAUUGGACGUCUGACGAAUGCUGGACCACUCCCCUGCUUCUCUCCGAGGGACAACCCCACUUAUCCAGGAGAUCCUGCUCCAUCCCAGGAUUAGACGUGACAUUUACGAGUCGUUUGAGGCAGUUGGACUAUAUUUGAAGAGAUAAAAUAAAAUGCAGCAGCUUUCUCUUCAAAAAAAAAAAUGCAAAAGACCCAAGACACGAUGAGAAAAAAAACAAAAACAAAAACCGUUCCAUCAUCAACACCGCAGCGUCAGACUCGAUCAGAACGUUUUGAUUCAACAGGUCUGGAAAUUCUGAUGCAACCAGAAAACUUUUUACCAACCGAGUAAAACAACUUCCUGCAGUCCGACGAAAACUUUACCUGAUUCAACGAUUCAAGAGUGAAACAUGGAGAAAUAUUUCCAACCAGCUUGGAUGCAGACAGUCACUUGCCUCAAUGCUUUGAAAAGUGACGACGAUGACGGAUGGAAUCUCUGGAAAAGGCGAUACGCUUACUUUCCAUCCUGUGACCACUUUGAGCUGGACCCCUACUCGCUUUAUCAGACUGCUGUUUCUGAAUCCAGACCAGCUCCUGGAGGGCUCCACAUGAGGGCCAUGAAACAAGACUCCUCUCCACGGGUGAAAGCUUCAUGUAACCUGAGCAGUGAUGCUGAAGCUCCUUCUUCCAUGAAUAGAAGCCCUGAUGUCGCAGACAGCAGCUGGAUAUUGAAGACUCUGCAUCAGGUCACGUUCAGCAGCAGAUACCCCGACCCCUGUACAUGCCGAGGCCAUAAGACUGUUGGUGGCAGAUACCUGUACACUCCUCCAACUGGAAUAUCUGGAUUUGUGGAUGCAGGAUUCACCCAGAUUCAUCCCAAACGACUGGAGCCAGAGGCCGAGUCAAAGCUGAGAGAAGCCAAAGAGCCUCCAGUUGAGAUAAUCCAGAACCACAGAGAGUCUGUUGAAUGGAGCAGGAAGAAGGAGGAGUCACUGCGAGCAAAUGAUUUCCUCCAUUAACCAGAGGCUUUUGGUUGAAUAAAUUCAUUAGCAUGAAAUAAUUUGGGUGUCUUACGGACAUUUUGACACAUUACUGGAAAAAUGCAGACAAAAUAUCUACAUCCAUACAUCUAGCAUAAGAUAAGAUUACUGAUCACCCACCUGUAAUUCACGUUACAUUAGUUCAAUACAGAUGAAUCAUAGUAAGAAACAAGACAAUAAAAAAGUAAAAAUGAGGACAGAAAUAAAGAUUAAGAAUAAAGACUACGUAAAUCUCUGACAUGUACACUUAUGCCAUGAUAGAAUAAUAUACUGAAUUGUAUUUACAUUUAUAAAGACGAACAGUGCUACAUUUCUGAAUUUCAGAAAGACAAGACCAGUACUACAUUAUAUACUGCCUUUAAAGCUCUUCUAAAACGUCCCAUUCUCCACAGUGACCACAUGGUGGCAGUAUAGUCCUGGUUGACUGUCGUCCUGCUGUGUUUUCAGCCCAUCAGGGCCUGCAGUGUGUCUGAAAGUUUUCAGUAUUUACUCUUGAAUAAGGGAUUCCAAUAAGAAACACAUUUCUGAGCUUCUGCAGCCACAACAACAAGGUUAUAACUAAAUCAGUAUUUUACUAAAUCUGUAUUUUCUUGUCUCAAACACUGAGGAAGCUGCAGAGGUUUCAUGAGACAGUCGUUCAUGUCUUCAUCUCCUGCAGCACAGAUCAUAGCAACUAUUCUGUUCUUCCACACUGCCUCAGAAUAUAAUUAUUCAAUCUUUCAGCCUUUAUUUAAACUCGGAAAUACAUGGAGGUAGACGUCACUUAAAAUAUAGUUGACAACUUUAGCAGUUUUAAAACUCCUCUGCAUAAGGUUUUCUUCACACCGGCUGCCAGUUAGUUAAUAGAUUUUAAUGAUGAUGCAGGUUGAUAAAUAACAAAACAUCUCUGAUCUGCUUGAAGAUUGUAACCUCAACACACUUAGUUGGAUCCUAAACUGCAUCAUUUCAGUACUGAUCUUUGUGUUUACAACUUAGGUAGAAAUAUCAAACAUUUAAUGCAGUAACAUUUGUAAAGCACAUUAAAUUGUCUCAGUGUUUGGAAGGUGCUGUACAAAUAAAAUUAAAUGGCCUUAAAA